AUGGAGAUUGAAGGAGAUUCAGUGGAUAUUUUUGAAAUAUUUUUGGAGAUUCAGAAGAUUCAUUUGGAGGAUUCGGAAGGAUUCAGUGAAAGAAGAUUCAAAGCAAAGGAUUCAGAGGAUUCAGAAGGGAGAUUCAAAGCAAAGGAUUCAGAAGGAAGAUUCAAAGUAAAGGAUUCAGAAGGAAGAUUCAAAGGAGAAAAGAUUCAAUGUAAGAAGAUUCAGAAGGAAGAUUCAAUGAAAAAGAUUCAAUGGAUGAAGAUUCAGAAAAGAAGAUUCAAAAUAAAAGAUUCAAUGGAUGAAGAUUCAAAAGGAAGAUUCAAAAUAAAAGAUUCAAUGAAAAAGAUUCAAUGGAUAAAGUUAAUUCAGAAAGAAGAUUCAAAUGGAAGAAUGAAUGGAUUCAAAUGA